GGUGUGUGUGUGUGUGUGUGUGAGAGAGAGAGAGACAUUUACACACCCUGCAAUCUCCCCCCUGCUCCGCUUGGCUGGGCUGGGUGUUUAGGUUUGUCUUCUCCUUGGCAGGGUAGUGGUUCUCACCGCUCCUCUCCUCCCUGCUGUCUGCUCGUUGUGAGAAUAUGAAUUAUUGACUGGCGGAUCUUGCCAAAGCUGCUGUUCCUUCCAGCCCUUUUCUGACGAGACAUAACGGUAUCGAUUUCCUCUCAGUUGGUCAGCUGUGAUCUGUGAUGGCUGUAAAUUCGGACAGCCAGGGAACUGAGGUUGGGAGUCCAGCAGCAGCCACCGCUGACCCUGAACCAGCAGCAGUCGUGAGGGAGAAACAGCAGCUGAAUGGGAACGGUCUGAUGGAUGGAUCGAAAACUACUUCCCUGCAGGACCUGGCCCGUCCCCUUCACAAACAAAGUCCCCGGAAGGCUGUCCGUGCGAGUUCUGUUACCCAUCUCCCUCAGAGUGCCCUGAACUCCCCUCGUACUAGCAUCCACAGACAUCCCUCGGUCCAAACCGUUGAGGGAGGUGACCAUGAGAAACCACGUGACUACAUCAUCCUGGCUGUUAUCUCCUGUUUCUGCCCAAUCUGGCCCCUCAAUAUUGUGGCAUUUGUCUAUGCUGUGAUGUCUAGGAACAGUUUCCAGAAUGGAGAUGUGGACGGAGCGCGGAGACUAGGCCGAGUUGCGAAGUUGCUGAGUAUUGUAGCUGUUGUUGGGGGCCUGGUCAUCAUCGCAGCUUGUGUCAUUAACUUCUCCAUUUUCCAGUGAAGGUGGGAGUGUGAAUCUCCCCGUCCCCCACAGGGACUGCAGCCAGACGGACAGCACUGACUACGUGGGACGGUGGAGAGGGAGAGACAGCCGCUGUGGGGUCCCUGCUGUUGGACAGUCAGCUGCUGUUCCUGAUUAAGACUAACUCUGUAAUCGCAUGUCAAAGUUUACCAGACAGUAUUGUUCAG